AUGGAGAGGUUCAGGACAGAAAGUGGAUGGUAUUCUCAAAAAGCAAGGGUUCUGUUUAUUGUGGCCCUUGUUUUGGCAUUCAAUUUCAAAGAGAAAUCCCAGUUUGAUUGUAAAGACGAACUCAACGACUGGAAAAAUGGUGAAAGUCGGGCCAGUCAUCACGAAAACUCACCAAUUCACAAGUCGGCAAUCAUUACUCUAAAAUCACGAGAAAUUGCUCUGAAACGUGUUGGCAGUAUGUUAACUGAGCAGCUAGACAAAGAAACCAAUUAUUGGAAAAAGGUUUUGGCCAGGGUUAUAGCGGCCGUUAAGGCCUUGACAUCAAGAGGCCUUGCAUUAAGAGGCGAUGAUGAAAUCUUUGGAUCAAACAGAAAUGGAAAUUUUCUUAUGGCUUUAGAGCUUAUCUCCGAAUUCGACCCUUUUUUAGCUACUCACAUUGAAAAAUAUGGUAAUUGUGGAAGUGGUCAUACAAACUAUCUCUCUUCCCAAACGUGUGAAGAAGUCAUUGAAUUAAUGGCUCAAAAUGUAAGACAAGAAAUUUGUGAAGAAUUGAAACAGUCAAAAUAUUUUUCUCUCAUAGUUGAUUCAACCCCAGACAUGUCUCAUGUAGACCAGUUGGUUCUUGCAGUCAGGUAUGUUUUAAAUGACGGUGUACCCUGUGAACGAUUUCUUACCUUCAUCCCGUCAGUUGGACAUACCGCAGAGGGUAUGUUUAAAAGUGUGAUGAGAGAACUAGGAAAUCUGGAAAUAAACAUUGAUGACUGCCGAGGCCAAUCGUACGAUAAUGCCUCAAAUAUGUCGGGGACUUACAAUGGUCUUCAGGCAAAGAUAAAGAGCAAAAGUCCUUUAGCUCUAUUCAUCCCGUGUGCGGCUCAUUCUUUAAAUCUGGUCGGAUCAUCUGCUGCUGAAUCUUGUGAAGAAGCGUGCAGAUUCUUCAUGUUGCUUGAAGAACUUUAUGUGUUUUUUACAUCUUCUACAAAACUAUGGGAGUGCCUGAUAGGUGUAAUGGAAGAUUCUUAUCAGAAUAAUAAGACUAUAAAAAGGGUGUGUCCUACACGAUGGUCGGCUAGGGAUGAUGCAUGUCAGAGCUUGCGAGAGUCUUGGGACGAAGUGUACAAGGCUUUGACAACAAUUUCAAAAGACCCAACAGAAAAGGCUACAACCAGAUGUGAGGCUCAAGGAAUCGCUCGGAAUCUAGAACGUUUUGAGACUGCAUUUAUG